CUCAAAAGAGGGGAGCUUCUCGAGACACCACUGAGAAUUUUAGGGCGCCUCCAAAGAGUCAUUUCCGUCCAUAUUUUUUGCCCAAAUCUUUCUCAUAGAGAUCCAAAAAGAGGGGUUUUGAUGGUUGAUUACAUUAUAAUACAAAUAAAAUGAGAAGUAUGGGGAUGGAUUUUGGUUCACCUGCUAAGAGUUUAGAAGAGACCAGCAAAGAGGAAGGGCCUCCAUAUAUGGGAGAGCUAGACCUUAACUUACUUGGUAACAAGGGUGAAAAGGGUGGAAAGAUUUUUCAAGAUGGAACUGAAGCAUUGGAGGAGAAUAUGCAAGGUUACACAAAUCAGGAGAAGAUUUCAGACUAUACAGAUGAGGGAUUGAUGUCCACAAUUGAGGAUUAUGAAAACCAUAACGAAAUGCAAGGGGCUGACCAUGUCGAUCUUUCAGGUGAACAGCUUGAUACAGGUGCUAAUAAAUUACCAGAUGAACUGGAACCUAGAGAUUCUUAUCUGUGCUUUGAUAAGCCUGUCUUAUCAGCUGAUAAAAAUGAUAAUUCUGAUGAAGUAGUGGAUAAUGGAACCUAUGACUAUCAAAGUGCACAGUCACCAUCUUUGUUUGCCACAGAGAAUGGAGAUGUUGGAAACAUAUCAGGGAAUUCUCAAUCUGGAAAGGCAGAGCGCAGCGAUGAGGAAAUGGAUCAUGAGAACUUUAGUCAUGAUACUAAAAUGGACGAGGGUGACUACCCCGAGGAGAUGGUAGCUUCCGAUAAUAGCGGGAUGGUAAGGGAGUGCUCUGGUGUGCAUUCCCCUCUAAAAAUGCGAAAUGGUUCUUCAUCACCAGAGAGAAAUCUGUCUGAUUCUAUGGAAAGGUCUCCCUACAGCAAGCCAUCAGCAAGGCAAGAGCCCCUCCCUCCUGAAAAUAAUGACAAGAAAUCAGCUUCUUCUCCAAGCCCAUGUAAAAGGAAACAUUCACCUUCUCCUGAAAAGCAUGCCGUGGGUCACAAGAGAGCUUCUUCACAUGAUCGUCUAUCUCCACCCGUAAGACGGAAAUCUCCUCUGGGAAGGCCAACACGACGAGAUUCUCAUCACAGAGAUGAUUCUCCAAGAAAACGCUUGUCUGUGUCACCUCAAAGGCGAGAUUCACUGCGAAGGAGGGAUAGGUCUGCAUCUCGAUCACCUGUGAGGAGGAGGACUUCUUCUGGAUCCAGAAGAGACCACCAUGGUAAAUCUCGAUCAAGGUCUCCCUAUGCAAGGGAUCGUUAUCAAAGAUCACCAAGGAGAAGGCAUUCUCCAAGGCACAGAUCUCCUCCACCAAGUUAUUAUUUUCGUCGUCGCUCUCCAAGGAGGCAUUGGUCACCACCUCCGAACCGCAACACUGGAAUUGGUAGGCCUGGAAGGAAUUUAUUUGUUGCAGGUUUCAGCUAUGUCACUACUGAGAGAGACUUGGAGAAGAAAUUCUCAAAGUUUGGACGUGUAACAGAUGUUCGGAUAGUUCGAGAUAAAAGAUCAGGGGAUUCUCGUGGCUUUGGAUUUUUAUCCUUGGAAAGGGAUGAGGAUGCUGAUGCUGCAAUACGUGCUCUUGAUCAGACAGAGUGGAAUGGUAGAAUUGUUCUGGUGGAGAAAUCAAAAACAUCUGCUCGCUAAACCUUCCAUCUUGGAUUUUACCAUACUUGGAGAGAGAGAGGGACAUAGCUGUUUUGUCAGCUCUAUGUCAUACCAAUAGUCCUUUCAGCCAUAUGACAUUGAUUAUAAGUAUACGGCAAGUAUUACUUGAAACUAAACUCUUGAUGCUGUAUAAGGUCUAUCUUUGCUUGAUUAAUAUACUCUAAUUUUGACAGAUUUCAAAUAAUCUUGGUUGUUUUGUGUUUCUGUUUACAAAAGUGUAUUAUUUGUAUAAAUGAGGGCACUUGUUUCCUUCAGAUGAUAGCUCAUGUAAAAUCCUCUUUCAGGGUUCGGCAAAAGUUACACUACCUUUCUUUUUGUCUGGGAUCCUCAUCCUCAAACAGUACCAUGCAUUAUGAUCAUCAUACAUGAUUUGAAACUGCCAACUCAAAACGGGUUAUCAUGGGGCAUCCUGCUUCUAUAAUAUAAUAUCCAGUGCAGCCACCAUCACUUGCCUGAAUUGGCUUGAAGAGCGUGUUGGUGAAGACAUACAUUUUUGCAGCAUGAAUUUCUAAUCAAUACUUAUAUGACUCAUCCUAUGUUUUAGUAGAUAUAUCUUUUGUUCUGCAGGCUAUGUUUAAAUUAGUCGUGUCAAGCUUGGUAUCCCGUACUUCUCUUUGUUUUGGGCACACGAAUGUACCCCAAAUGUUUUAUUUCAACCAUGGUGUCUUCCCCCACCUGACCGUGGUCAAGUUUGUGUGCACUUUCGGUUCCCUAGCAUUGUUUCUGAAGCUUGCCUACAUGAAACAUAACCUAAUUUGGCUGUUUGAGCUUAUGGGUUGUACUCGUCCAUAUCAAUACCAUUAUUAUCAAGCCUGAUGACCCGAACCUUACAUUUGUUCAAGCACCAUUACCAUCUGGAAAUAUCAGUCUUUUGUAGGACCGGUCAUGGUUUCGAAACCAAGCAUUGUGGAGAUAAGUUACCCUUUUAAUCUGGAUAGCUGGUCUUGUAAACUGGCAUGAGAAAUUGUGUCAAUUGAUUGGAGAAAUGCUUGGUCAAAACAUUUUUUAGGAUCUUAAGCCCAACAAGUUUAUCUUUUGAAGUUUUCUUUAGAAUGAAAUGGUACCUUGAAGAGAUAAUAGUUUGUGUGUUGAGCAUGUUUUAAACUCAUUUUAAGAGAUAAUUUCUGAUAUUCAUGGUGACAACCAGGCUGCUUUUUCU